AUUACCCCAUUUUCCAGCUCUCCCUCGGUCGGGAUUUCGGAUCUGAGAUAUUCACAGGAAAGGACUUUGGUGAAUUAAAAGCGUAUUCGAAGGUUAUACGUUGUAUGGUUACAUCAUUUCACUGGGAUCUACUUUAUCAAAUAAUAUAAUGGAAAUUUGACUAUGAGUGUGGCCUAUCUGAAGACUGACUGAACCAUGGCACAGUUCCCUACCACAUUUGCAGGUCCAGUAUCAGAUGUGUUUAUGAUCUCGUUGGAUGAAAGGGCCAAACAUGAUCAGCAGUUCCACAGUCUUGCCCCUGCUGGAGGGUAUAUCACAGGGGACCAGGCCAGGAACUUCUUUCUCCAGUCUGGACUGCCCCCUCCAAUCCUGGCCCAAAUCUGGGCUCUGGCUGACAUGAACAGUGACGGCCGCAUGGAUAUCUAUGAGUUCUCUAUAGCCAUGAAACUCAUCAAACUGAAACUCCAGGGUCACCCUCUGCCCUCCAGCUUGCCCCCCAACAUGAACCUCCCGCUGCCCCCGCAGACUGCCUUUGGCAUGCCUCCUAUGGCUUCCAUUGCAGCCGGCCUGCCAGGGGUCCCCUCUCUACCCCUUCCUCCGCUCCUGUUAGGGGUGUCCCCGCCCCUCACCUCCUCGGCCCCGCCUCCCCUGCCCCCACCCAUUUCCAAUGGGGCCCCUCCCACAGGCAUUAUUCAGCCAAUCGCAGUCUUCCCUCAUCCAGGCUCCUCCGUCAACAAGUCCUCGUCGUUCAGCCGCUCCAGUAGCAAGCUCCAGAAGGGCCCAUCUGUGGAGGCUGCUAGUGCUCUGACGCCGCCCCCUGAUUGGGCAGUUCCUCAGUCAUCCAGGCUUAAGUACAGGCAACUCUUCAACUCCCAGGACAAGAUGAUGAGCGGACACCUCACUGGUCCUCAAGCUCGUACUAUUCUCAUGCAAUCCAGUCUUCCUCAGACCCAGCUAGCUUCUAUAUGGAGUUUAUCAGACAUAGACCAGGAUGGCAAGUUGACGGCUGAGGAGUUCAUCCUAGCCAUGCACCUCAUCGACAUGGCCAUGUCGGGGCUCCCCCUCCCCCCCGUCCUCCCCCCAGACUACCUGCCUCCCACCUUCAGGAGAGUACGGAGCGACAGUGUGCAGUCGGACCAGAAAAGCGUCCAGGAGGAGGCUGAGGAGGAAGCUGAGACCAACCAGAAACUACCAGUAACCUUUGAGGACAAGAAGAGGGAGAACUUUGAGCGUGGAAACCUGGAGCUGGAGAAGAGGCGCCAGGCCUUGCUGGAGCUGCAGAGGAAAGAGCAGGAGAGACUGGCCACAUUGGAGAGAGAGGAACAGGAAAGGAAGGAGCGAGAGCGAAUGGAGCAGGAGAGGCGGCGGCAGCAGGAGCUGGAGAAACAACUGGAGAAACAGAGGGAGCUGGAGAGACAGCGGGAGGAGGAGCGGCGCAGGGAGAUAGAGAGGAGAGAGGCUGCGAAGCGGGAGUUGGAGCGCCAGCGGCAGCUGGAGUGGGAGCGGCAGCGCCGGCAGGAGCUGCUAACCCAGAGGAACCGUGAGCAGGAGAGCAUCGUCCUGCUGAAGGCCAGGAAGAAAACCCUUGAGUUUGAACUGGAAGCCCUGAACGAUAAGAAGUCCCAGCUGGAGGGGAAACUGCAGGAUGUCCGGUUUAGACUGUCGGCUCAGCGGAGAGAGGUGGAGCAGACCAAUCAGACCAGAGAGACCCGCAUCGCUGAGAUCACUCUGCUGCAACAGCAGCUGCAGGACUCCCAGCAGUGGCUGGGCAGGCUGAUCCCUGACAAACAGUGUCUCAAUGACCAGCUGAAACAGGUUCAGCAGAACAGCCUCCACCGUGACAGUCUAAACUCCCUUCAGAAGGCCGUUGAUCAGAAGGAGUCCAGCAGGCAACAGCUCAAAGACCAGCUGGACUCUGUGGAGAAAGAAACCAGGUCUAAACUUCUGGAGAUAGACGCCUUCAACACUCAGCUAAAGUGUUUGUGUGAGUUCUAUGCAAACCACUGUGCCAGGAUAGAGGCCCUGCAGGAGACGCUUCAAGAGGAAGAGAGUGGGAGACAGGAGCUAAGGGAAAUUCACUGCCGUCAGCAGAGACAGAAGCAGAAAGAAUCGGAGGGGUAUGCUCACACGCAAACACACCCAUUCUCACACGCACACACACAGAAUGAGAAGAGGUCGGCUGAGCUCCAGGACAUCAGGUGUCCCUCCGAAGAGGUGGGGGCCUGGAGAGGUGAGGGGGGCGCUUUGGCCCCAAAAGUGCCCAGUCCCGGGGGGACGUCCGCGUCACAGGCCUGGCUGAACCGGGUCACCCUGGAGGAGGAGGAGCGGAAGAGAAGGGGGGUGGAGGAGGAAGAGGAGGGUCGCAAGCAGACGUUGGAAGGAGGACAAGAGAAGGAGGACGAGGGCAUAGCCAACAAGGACGUGCAGGAUAAAGUCAACAAGCUGUUCAGCCAGCAGCCGGACCCCUGGGCCCCCACAGGGAUUGCAGAGCGGGCUCCGGCUCCCGGCCUGUUGGAGCAGAAGGUUCCAGUCACCAGCUUCGACCAGCAGCCCAUGAAGGUGGUCUACUACAGGGCCCUGUAUCCCUUUGACGCACGAAGCCACGACGAGAUAAGCAUCGCGCCAGGGGACAUUGUUAUGGUGGAUGAGUCCCAAACCGGGGAGCCCGGUUGGCUAGGAGGAGAGCUGAGGGGACGGACUGGAUGGUUUCCGGCCAAUUACGCAGAGAGGAUCCCUGACAGCGAAGCACCAAUCAGCCUGCGUACCUCUGCCUCCGCCACGCCCACCCCCACCCGGCAGCCUGUAGCCACCCCUCCCCCCGCCCCUGGACAGAGCUCCUCCGCCUCUUCAGUCAGCAGUAACUGGGCCGACUUCAGCACCACCUGGCCCUCCACAACAGCCAACCAGUCAGACAGCGAGGGAUGGGAUGCCUGGCCAACAUCCUCCACCAAUCAGAACCCUUCCCUUAGUGUUCCUUCCGCUCAACUACGCCAGCGUUCCGCCUUCACACCCGCCACCAUGACAUCAGGCUCCUCCCCAUCUCCUGUCCUGGGACAGGGAGAGAAGGUAGAAGGCCUGCAGGCUCAGGCCUUGUAUCCGUGGAGAGCCAAGAAGGACAACCACCUCAACUUCAACAAGAAUGAGGUCAUCACAGUUCUUGAGCAGCAGGACAUGUGGUGGUUAGGGGAACUGCAGUCUGGCCAGAGGGGCUGGUUCCCCAAGAGCUACGUUAAGCUCAUCUCAGCCUCCAUGACUGCCCCGCCCCCCCCAGCAGCCCCUUCCCCGGCCCCCCCACGCAGCAAGACCAGUGAGUCUGGAGCGUCAGAGAGUCCCCCCUGUGGAAAACACCCCUCUCCCUCCCCCACAAAGCUGUCAGAUUCUGGGGAAGAGUAUAUGGCCAUGUAUACCUACGAGAGCAGCGAACAGGGAGACCUCAGCUUCCAGCAGGGUGACGUCGUCUUGGUGACCCGCAAAGAAGGGGAUUGGUGGACCGGCGUGGUCAGCGGCAAGAACGGGGUCUUCCCGUCCAAUUAUGUGAAGCCACGGGACUCCAGCUCUGAGUCGUUGGGUCCGGCAGGGAAAACUGGCAGUCUGGGCAAGAAGCCAGAGAUCGCCCAAGUGAUAGCUCCAUACAGCGCUACCGGGGCUGAACAGCUGACCCUGGCCCCAGGACAGCUCAUCCUGAUCCGGAAGAAGAACCCAGGAGGCUGGUGGGAGGGAGAACUCCAGGCCCGGGGGAAGAAGCGCCAGAUUGGUUGGUUUCCGGCCAAUUAUGUGAAGCUAUUGAGCCCCAGCACCAGCAAGACCACGCCCACGGAACCCCUUCCACCCAAGUUGGCUCCCUCUCACUCAGCUCUGUGUCAGGUGAUCGGCAUGUACGACUACGUGGCCCAAAACGACGACGAGCUGGCCUUCCUGAAGGGUCAGGUGAUCACGGUGAUCAGCAAGGAUGACUGUGAUUGGUGGAAGGGAGAGCUCAAUGGGCGAGAGGGUCUCUUUCCUAGCAACUACGUCAAGCUGACCACGGAUACCGACCCCAGCACUCAGUGGUGCGCUGACCUCCACCUGCUGGACAUGCUGAGCCCCAUGGAGAGGAAGCGGCAGGGCUACACACAUGAGCUCAUUGUCACAGAGGAGAACUACGUCAACGAUCUGCAGCUCGUCACAGAGAUCUUCCAGAAGCCUCUGUUAGAGUGUGAGCUGCUGACGGAAAAGGAGGUGGCCAUGAUCUUUGUCAAUUGGAAGGAACUCAUUAUGUGCAACAUCAAGCUGCUGAAAGCUCUGAGAGUUAGGAAGAAGAUGUCAGGUGACCGAAUGCCGGUGAAGAUGAUUGGUGACAUCCUGACCAAUCAGCUGCCUCACAUGCAGCCAUACAUCAGGUUUUGUUCGUGUCAACUUAACGGAGCUACGCUGAUACAGCAGAAAACUGAUGACAACCCAGAAGUCAAAGACUUCCUUAAGCGGUUAGCCAUGGACCCACGCUGUAAAGGAAUGCCUCUGUCCAGCUUCCUCCUCAAACCCAUGCAGAGAGUCACCCGCUAUCCACUCAUCAUCAAGAAUAUCUUAGAGAACACGCCAGAACCUCAUCCUGACCACAGCCACCUGAAGGCUGCUCUGGAGAAAGCAGAGGAGCUCUGCUCACAGGUGAAUGAAGGAGUACGAGAGAAGGAAAACUCUGACCGACUGGAAUGGAUUCAGGCUCAUGUCCAGUGUGAGGGCCUUUCUGAGCAACUGGUGUUCAACUCGGUGACCAACUGUCUGGGGCCACGGAAGUUCCUCCACAGCGGGAAACUCUUCAAAGCCAAGAGCAGCAAGGAGCUCUACGGCUUCCUGUUUAACGAUUUCCUGCUCCUCACACAAGUGACCAAACCUCUGGGUUUUUCAGCCUCAGACAAGGUUUUCUCCUCCAAAACACACCUGCAGUACCGCAUGUACAAGACCCCAAUCUUCUUGAACGAGGUUCUGGUGAAGCUGCCCACCGAUCCGUCUGGAGACGAGCCUCUCUUCCACAUCUCUCACAUCGACCGAGUCUACACACUGAGGGCCGAGAGCAUCAACGAGAGGACGGCGUGGGUUCAGAAGAUCAAAGCGGCAUCUGAGUUGUUUAUCGAGACGGAGAAGAAGAAGAGAGAGAAGGCAUAUCUAGUGCGCUCUCAGCGAGCUACGGGGAUCGGCAGACUAAUGGUCAACAUCGUGGAGGGAAUCGAACUCAAACCCUGCCGCUCGCAUGGCAAGAGUAAUCCAUACUGCGAGGUCACCAUGGGGUCCCAGUGCCAUAUCACUAAGACGUUACAGGACACGCUGAAUCCUAAGUGGAACUCCAAUUGUCAGUUCUUCAUCAAGGACCUGGAGCAGGACGUGCUCUGCGUCACGGUUUUUGAACGAGACCAAUUCUCCCCUGACGACUUUCUAGGUAGGACAGAGAUCCGAUUGGCUGAAAUAAAGAAGGACCAGGGUUCCAAGGGACCAAUCACAAAGCGGUUGCUGCUCCACGAGGUACCAACAGGCGAGAUAGUGGUGAGGCUGGACCUCCAGCUGUUUGAAGAACCUUAGCUAAAGCCUGGAGUGGACUUCAGUAGACCGGACCAGACAUGCAGCUUUUGAAGAGAACCCUAUCAUUUGGAUCAGAUUCCAUUUUCAUACCUAAUGUAAAUUGCUGGACAACCAGGAUAAUGUGUUUGCUCCUCAGAAGGGCUGCUGUGUAACAGAUGGGGUGGACCACAACCAUGCCAAAAUUAAACAUAAAUACAAAAUAAAGAAAGGAUUUUAUUUCACUUAAAAGGGAAAAAAAUCGAUUCAUAAAUCAACAAGUAAAGUAUUUUUGAAUGUUUUUUUUUAUCUAUUGUAUUUUAUUGACAGAAUAAAUCUACACAGAAUAAAUAUAUCAUUUAGCAUUUUAUUAAACUUAAUUCCUUUGAUGGACUUCCACUUAAUUUUGGUACGGAUCUGCUUCUGUGUUUCAUUAGCCUGUAUUUGUUUAAGGGAAUGAACACUGCAAUGCAAUAUAAUCCCUUGAUAACCGUGAUCUCACAAGGUAGCAAGCUCACUUACUGGGCAAUAUAAGGCUAAUCUAGGCUGCUUUAUGCAAAAUUAUGCCUCUACCCUAGUUAAGAGGUACAAAAACGUUUCAAGUGGCAACCUAUAUCAAUUUCUUCACAUCUGGGUUAUGGGAGCAGUCCAGAGUUUAGAGAGCCACUGACGGGUGUCCCAGCCCCUUUAAAAGGAAGGGGUAGCCACCAUUUGAAACGUUUUGAAACCCAAUACUUGAUUAAUUCUGGCCCAUCCAAACAGGUUUAAAUAGAAUAAUGGAGUUCAAUCGGAAAUCCCCCUCUCAUUUUCCAAAAACCCACAAUACCCUGGAGUGUGUGUGUGU